AUGAGGCUGCAGGAUGGUUUUGUUUUUGGGACUGUUCAUUCUGGCUUUGGCUUCAAUGGGGAUGAGGUCCAGGAAAUCGGUCCUAACUUGUAUUUUUCUGGGCUUUGUGAUCCUGCUGUACUCGAGGAAAUUAAAGGUCUUGCCACAGAGAUGUUGUCCAUGCAAUUCGGAGCCUCUGUUGUGUCAGCAGUAGAGACUCUUGGUGCAUUGCUUGGAAGCUGCCACUCCUCAUUUUUAGUUGGUGGGAUUGAUUUUUCGGGUACCCAUUUGCUAGCUUUGGGUGGAGGGAGCAAAGUUGGAACUGCAAAACCAUACAACUACACAACUAUCGGUCUUGGGGCAGAAACAGCUCUUGCAGUUCUCAUUGCACGAUUCCUGCCCGGGAUGAGUGUUAAAGAUGCGAAGAGUGCUGUGAUGCAGGCCCUUUUUCGUGUGAUAGUCGAAUCCAACGACUCCACACUGAAUGGGUCUGUCUUCAUUAUUGGUUUAGACUCACUUGUUCUUAGUUUGAACUGUGUUUUUAGACAUGGUCGUGGUGACAGCUCCAAAGAGUUUUUUUUCCUUAGUGACAUUCCUGGAGAGGGCACAGCUGCUACUGAUGCUGCUGGUUCUGAUGCGACACAAGAGGAAGGAAAGGUUUAAUUGAAGAACUGGCCUGAUAGUUAUGCUGGGGAGACUUGUCGAGAGAUGCUCAACAGUUCCUGUGUAAUUGAAGAACUGGCCUGAUAGUUAUGCCGGAUGGUCUUGGAUGUUUUAGAAUUUGCUUGUGUCUUAAAUCUUAAGUUUAUAUCUUCCCCUAGAACUGCUUCCUGAGUUUUUUUUUUUGUAAUUCUAUUCUCUUGUCUGCAUCUCCUUUGAUUUCAUUUGUGUUUGUUCUAAACCUUAAAACAUUUUUAAGGUUCAGUUCUCCACCUCUGAACAUGGAAGUAUUUGAUAAAAUGUCCCUACGUUUUUAGCAGAUGCUCGGUCUCAACUUCAAUAUGGUUUUCAAUUCUUCUGUCGUUUUUAGUAGAUACUUCCGGUCUUGGCGUCUACAAGGUUUUCAAUUGUUUUCCGCACACACUCGUUCUUAACUUCUACAGGGUUUUCAUUUUUGUGUCGUUUUCAGUAAGUUUUCAAUUGUGUGUCGUUUUCAGCAGGCAGAUACUCUCGAUCUUCUACUCUUAACAUGGCUUUUUCAAUUCUUGUGUGUGGAUUGCUCUACACCUUAUUUUAGUGGUUUUCAAGGUUUUGGCGUCUACAAGGUUUUCAAUUGUUUUCUGCACGCACUCGGUCUUAACUUCUAAAGGGUUUUCAUUUUUGUGUCAUUUUCAGCAAGUUUUCAAUUGUGUGUCGUUUUCAGCAGGCCGAUACUCUCGGUCUUCUACUCUUGACAUGGAUUUUUCAAUUCGUGUGUGUGGAUUGCUCUACACCUUAUUUUAGUGGUUUUCAAGGUUUUGGCGUCUACAAGUUUUUCAAUUGUUUUCCGCACACACUCGGUCUUAACUUCUAAAGGGUUUUCAUUUUUGUGUCGUUUUCAGCAAGUUUUCAAUUGUGUGUCGUUUUCAGCAGGCCGAUACUCUCGGUCUUCUACCCUUAACAUGGCUUUUUCAAUUCUUCUGUGUGGAUUGCUCCACACAUUAUUUUAGUGGUUUGAGAUGAUGUGCUGGGAGUGAUUAUAUAUACCCUUGUGUGGCCCUCCUAUGAGCUAUAAGGAGAAUUAGCGUAGGAGUGACUGCUUUCUGGGACUCGCUUCCAUCUACCACCCGCUUGCUUCCCUCGUGUGCCCAGUUUGAUCUAUAUUUGUCUCGUAAACCUUAGUUUUUCAUUUUAAUCA